UCAUGCUGUUGGCCUGGAUUCUGCGGACGCCGUUGUACACAAUGAGCGAAAGUAAAAGUUAAUGAAGAUCGAAAUCUUCAGACCAAGAUCACGACAACAGGAUCGUGCCCAGGUCUUUUUUGAAUUUUUGACAAAUACAACCAGUUCCAAAGUCAUCGAUCCGUUUCCAACUUCGUCGAUGGUGAUAUUGAGCACCAUCUUUUAGAGCAGGUUCUCCUAGCUGGAUAGAGGGAGCCUGGUAUCAGAUAGAACUGUUUUCGACCAGAUCGCCCUGUUUGCUUUGGACGUUUGCUUCGACGGAGACGGUGAUGCUGUGCCUGUACUUCCCAUUCUGAACGAGAUUCUUUCCAUUUUGAAUUUGACCUUAGCGACUAACAAAAUGCCGAGUGACAUGUUCCGUAUGCUGAGCCAGGGGGCGAAUUUUCGGCAGACCCGGAAGACGAUACCCCCAAAAAACAGUGCGCUCAGCACACAGGAAGUAGGAAUAAACAAGGCGAAGAGCAACGUGAAGUCCUCAGCUUCUACAGCACCGAGUUUCAGCAGUAAGCCAAGCGCUUUAAAUUUCUUCCAGACCGGCGUUACCGGUUCUGAUGAAACGGAAAAGGCAGAAGAAGGAGCGAGCGACGAGAACGAAAAUUUGGAAGAAGGGUCAAAUACAGCGGAGGAUGCGCUUGAUGGCGCUGACGACCAGAGAAACAAUGGUCAAAAUAAGAUAUCAGAGGACGAACUGAGGAGGCAGCACAAGAUACGAAACGUGAGUAGCGAUUGUCCUGCGCCCUGGGCGACUUUCGACGACUUCCAAGUUCCGAGCUGGAUCGUCAAAAAUGCGCGACGGGGACUGCGGUUCGAAACGCCAACGCCGAUUCAGAUGCAGUGCUGCCCCGCAGUGUUGACAAAACGGGAUGUGCUUGCGUCCGCCCCGACCGGGAGCGGCAAAACCAUGGCGUUCCUGCUGCCACUGCUUGCAUCUUUAGAGGCAGACCGAUCAAGAACAGCGGCUGCCGAGACAAAGAAUAAGCCGCAGGAGCAGGAGACGAGCAACAAAAUAACGGGGAAUAAUAAAAAGAAAAAGUCCAUCAAGAAGAAACAAGGAAAUAAGGCAGAGGUUGAAGAGUCCACAGCUACCACUACGACCGACGACAGCGACAAUGGCAUCCCAGCCCCCCGGCUCGUUGUCGUCGACCCUACGCGCGAGCUCGCACAGCAAACGUUGCGGGAAUUUGUGAAGCUUGCGGAAGGGCGACUAACGGACUUUAGUCCGAGUCUGCUAGAUGACGAAGGUAGUUACGGGGAGGAAACGAUUGUUGCAGUCAGUACACCGCAGAAACUGGAGAAAAUGCUGGAAGAGAAAAAAAUCUCGCUGAAAAACUGCCGGUAUUUUGUGCUCGACGAGGUGGACAAGUUGCUGGACUUGGGUUUCCGCGAGCAAAUCGACAAUGUCUUGUCCUACUGCAACACGGAACAAGCAACGACCCGUCCGGCCACGCUCUUCUUCUCCGCGACCCUGCCGGAAAACGUGGUAAAUCUCGCGGAAACGGUGUUGCUCAAUCCUUUGACAAUCCACGUCGGACUGGGCUCGGCCGCCGCGAAUCCCGAUGUGGAGCAGAAGCUGGUGUUCAUCGGGAAGGAAGACACCGGGAAGCUGUUCACGAUCAAAACCAUGCUGAAGACGGGAGAGCUGAAGCUUCCCUGUAUCGUUUUCCUGCAGAGCAAGGACCGGGCGCGGCAGUUGUUCCAGGAAUUGCGGCACGAGCCGGCCUUUGCGGGCGAAAAGCGGGUAGACUACAUCACCGCGGAACGGAAAAAGGAGGAGCGAGACACUGCUGUGGAAAACUUCAGAACCGGGAAGACAUGGGUACUUACGGGCUUUUUUUUUGAAUGCUUUCAUGAUGCUUCUAGUUCUAGCUCUUUCGGAAAAUAUUGUAAAUGACAAAAGGAACAAACGCAAAUGCUCACCUCUCAAACCCUUGCAACAUGAAGUGAGAAAUUUGCACUAGACGUGCACUAACAUCACACUUUGAUGUUCUCUCAAUUCAACUCACAAAAGGUGUUGAUCUGCACGGAUUUGAUGAGUCGCGGGGUAGACUUGAAGCACGUGGAGAUGGUGGUAAACUACGACUUACCGUUGAAGCAGUCCACCUACAUUCACCGCAUCGGGCGCACGGGGCGGGCCGGAAAGCAGGGGAAGUCCGUGACCUUCUUCACGGAAGACGAUUUCCCGUUUCUGCGACCGAUCGUGAAUGUCGUGCGAAAUUCCGGGUUUGCCGUGGCCGAGUGGAUGCUGCAACUAAAGAAGCCGCGGAAGCACCGACAAGAACGCGGCGGGCAAAUUGAAUUCCACCGGCAUAUCGCACGAAAAGACAUCCGAACCGGUGGCGUGAAGAAGAAAAAAGUCAUGAAAGGAAAGGCGAACAAAGGCAAAGUAGCGGGUGCGAAGAAUAAGCCCGCGGAAAAUCCUGCUGGCGGUGAUAGCGCGAAGAUGAAAGAACCCAAAAAGAAGAAGAAAGCAAUGAAAAAGAAGGAAUGACACUGACGAAAGGUCCUGCACCAAUGAUUUUAUCUGCCAGUGCGGAGGUUCAUCCCUUUGUGGACGUAGGCUCUAAGUUUGUUGCGCGACGAAUUUGCAUGAGCAAAAUCAU